AUGGGAUUGUCUGGUAGGCCUAGGAGAGAGAGCCACGUCCUCAAACUGGUGCACCCUGGAGGCUUUGUAGAGCUACAUGCCACGCCAAUCAUGGCUUCUCAAGUCAUGAACAAGAAUCCUAGGCACUAUGUCACACGACCUGACUUUUUCCAGUUUCCUUGGAUCGUGGUCAGCCCAGAAUCCAUUCUUACACCUGGCAACGUUUUCUUCAUCGUCCCUUGUCACACCAUACGCCAUUUGGUCAAGUCCACCAACACUAACAACACCAACACCAACACCAACCACACCCUUCUGUCUUAUCUCUUUCCCUAUCAAUCUUCUCUUCCCUGUAGAAUCUCAAACUCCAUCAAGAUUCAAUGCUUCCAAAAACAAUUCUCACUAUCCAGAGAGUAUCACAAACAAACCAUAGGUGGUAAAAUGCCUCAAUCUUCUGCCAGAGAAAAACCUGUUUAUUCCAGCGUUUACACUUCAUGUGACUCGGGAAAAGUAAAGGCAUGGACUCGUAGUGGUAGUUUCAGUGCUAGUUUCAGCCAUUCUAAGCAGACCCCUAAGCUGAAACCGUGCCUCAAGAAGGAUAAGAACCACAAUGCUAGACGGCGUGAUCUUAAAGUUUUAUUUGUGUUUAACGACCAUGACGCCAACAACCCCAACUUCACAACAAAAGUCUUUAAUCAAUCCUAA